AUGACGAAAGACAAUUCUGGUUCAAGUGAGGUGAAGGCCACGACCUUAUACCCUACCUACAUUGUCACAAACAUCCAAACAAAGAUCCGAACUCUGGAUGGCUCAAAAGUUACCUACUCGUCUUGGAAAAACUUGUUUCGUCUUCAUGUCAAGGCUUACAAGGUGCUCGAUCACAUUGACGAGAUUCUUGCACCGGUUGAAACUGAUCCCGGUUAUCUCCAAUGGAUGGAAAUUGAUGCACUAGUUCUUUAUUGGAUAUACAACACGUUAUCUGAUGAAUUAAUGGUUCACAUAUUGGAGAAUGAUAUCACUGCCCAGACCGCUUGGAAUAAACUCAAAACAAUUUUUCUCAACAACAAAGGAUUGCGUGCAGCAGCCCUUGAACAAGAAUUCUCUAAUAUUACCUUGGGAGCAUGCUCAUCAAUGGAAUCUUACUGUAAAAAACUUAAAGACCUUGCUGAUCAGCUUGGAGAUGUUGAGAACCCAGUCCCAGAAUCUAGACUGGUCUUGCAAAUGGUUCGUGGAUUUCCACCUGAAUUUGAUGUCGUUGGAGCGUACAUCAAUCAAAGCUCUCCAUCAUGGGAAAUAGCCUGCAGUAUGCUAUAG